CCAGUAAGGAGCAACGAGAACUCAUCAUGACAUUCCAGGAGCCCCAGUGAGGCCACGGGAUGUCCCACAGGCUCUGCUGGGACAGGUCAUCAUCCCAAAGCACUGAUGGGACAAGCUCCGGCCGUGGCGGAUGUGCUGAAAAUAACCCUGGGGAGGCCAGGCCCCCCCUGCCAAGGCCACAGGACCCUAUAAAGGCACCCAGGGAGCCAGGGCUGCACCCAGCCCAGCACAGGGAGGCACCAUGAAGUCCCUGGUCCUGCUGAGCCUCUUGGCCCUGCUCACCCUUGGCCUCUGCCGCAGAGCUGCCGAUGGCUCUGCCAGCACCAAGGACUCGCCCAGCUCCGAAGCCUUUGUCUCCAGACGCGCCAGUGCCGAGCUGGUGCAGAGGCAGAAGCGCAGUUACGGCUAUGGCAGCGCCUCGGGAGCCCCGCGGGACCCGCUGGAGGCCAAGCGCGAGGUGUGCGAGCUCAACCCCGACUGUGACGAGCUGGCCGACCAGAUCGGCCUGCAGGAGGCUUACCGGCGUUACUACGGGCUGGUUUAGCCCCAGCCCCGCUCGGGGCAGGGGCUGAGCUCCCACCAACCCCCAGCAGCUCCCACCUGCACCCUCCCACCCUUUCUGUUCGCCCUGGAAAGAAAUAAACG